AUGGCGAGCCUAAGUUUCUGCAAUAGAAGAUAUGUCCGUCUGUGGACAGUGCUCAUACUGCUCAGUGUGGCACUUCUGCUGGUUUGGAGGAACUUGCAGCAGGCUCGGAAACUUGCCGCAACUUCAAACGGCGGUGGGCACAAGUCGGUAGGAUUUCUGCUGCCCAACGACUCGGAUGCAUCCAGGGCUCCUGCAAACUAUUAUGCGGACUAUGAUCAGCAGCCCAAAGUUGUCCGGCGGGAGGACUCCCCUCGCACCAAGGAGCUGCAAUCAUUGCUCAAGUGCCGCAACCGAUCACUCCGCUUCCAGAGGCUUCAGCACGGAGACUUCUGGCUGCUCCAGAACCUAGUGGUUGGACGUAAGAGUCGGGAUGUCGGCUGCGCCGAGUCCGUGACGUACACCACCAACGGGGAUUUCACGUUCUUCGAUAAUCUCGAAAUGGUGGUCUCACGUUGGCGUGCGCCAGUAAGUUUCGCCAUCCACUCGCCCGGUUAUGAUCUGAACACCACACUGGAUGCCAUUCGGUAUGUGCGAAACUGCUUGCCGGAGAGCGAUAGCAUCAAGGACUGGGUCUCGUUCCACGUGUACUUCCCGAACCGUCACAUGCCGGACUACGUGCCAUACGACGAGGCUGAGGUGCUGAGGUGUCCGCAGAUAUGCACGUUGGUAUCGCCGCCCUACGCAGGAAUCCCUCCUGCGGCGAGCUACAAGUCCAGGGCGAACCUCACCUACCCCAUCAAUGUGGGCAGGAACAUAGCCAGGCAGGCGGCCAACACCCACUUCAUCUUCGCCUGCGACAUCGAGCUGUAUCCCAGCGUGGGCUUCGUGGACCAGUUCCUGGACAUGGUGGCCCGAAAUCACAGUGUGCUGGCCCUGGAUCCCAGGCAGCGGAGAAGGGUGUAUCCGCUGCCCGUUUUCGAGAUCGAGACGGGUGUCCAAGUGCCGGCGAACAAGGACGAACUGCUGGCCCUCCAUCGCAAGCAGCAGGCACAGGUGUUCCACCUGAAGCUUUGCCCCACUUGCCACACGAUACCAGGCCAGGCAGAGUGGCUCAAUCGCACCUCCAGGGCCGAUGACCAGCUGCACGUGUUCAGCAAGACGCUGCGCAAGUGGAAGUUCCGAGCCUGGGAGCCCUUCUACGUCAGCGACAACACGGAGCCACUGUUCGACGAACGCGUCACCUGGGAGGGUCAGUCCAAUAAGCGCAUACAGAACUACGCCAUGUGCCUUCUGGACUACGAAUACCACGUCUUGAGUCCAGCGUUUCUGGUGCACAGUCCUGGCAUCAAGCAAUCCAGCAAAAGAGACGCUACUCGCAUUCAAUACGCGAAGCAAAUGACCAAAUUUAUCCAGGCCAAAAUCGAACCCGAAUAUCGUAUACUCUUCGGAGAUAGCGCCGCCUGCAGGACGUGA